AAUGACGUCAGAGCAAGCGAUUUUUUCGCGAUCAGCUUGAAAUGGACGUAAAAUAUUCCAAAAUUUAAUUAUUUAUACCCAGAAUUAGAAAAUAAUUUUAUAUCGCGAGGGUAGAAUACGGUGUAUGAUCCCUGACGCACAGAAACAAAUACAUACUUAUGAAAUAUUAGAAAGAAAAACAGAGCCUGGCACAGCUUUCACACGGCGCCUGCCAACAAAUCAGAGAGAGGGAGGAAGAACGCGACAAAACUACACUUCCCAGAAAGCCUGCCGGCUCAGUACUUUCUAGAUUGCAAGAUGUCUCCCUUAAACAGAAUGGUAACAUAUGUGAAAACUGCAUGGGGCAAGGAACCAGUGAUUGUAAGCUCCGUAGUCAUUGCACUUGUGGCUGUAGCACUGCCGUGGGUGAGCCCCUAUUCCCGUUAUUCCGCAUUAAUGAACGAGCGUAUGCCAUAUCACUACCCAGUGCCAGUCCGAGAUGAUGGUAAUAUGCCAGAUAUACCCGUUCAUCCCUGUGACAAGGAAGGUGAUCAACUCGAGUGGUUGAAGAAAUGAGAAUCUGCAGAGUGUAUAUUUCCCCCAAAGCAUCCCCUGCCUUGGUUGUACAUGUGUGUUGUUCCCAGGGGCAAUAAAUUUUCCAGUUCUUAUCUAAAA